ACAGAACACGUGAUGCCUGGAAGGGGAACAGAUGCUUUGUGGGACACAGGGCAGGCUGGGAGGGGAACCGAGGUCCACUCUGUGGGUGACCAGACCCUUCCGCCAGAGCUGGCUACUUCUGCCUUUGGAAAAUGUUUCACAACGCCCCAUGUUGUGUGUGUGUGUCUGUGUGUGCAUGUGCAAAUGAAUAUGAAGCGAAUGGUGAUGUAAGAGGCGGGAACCCAGCGGAGGCUGGGUAAGAGGGUGUGGGCUCACACACUUGCACCAGCACCCAGAGAGGGAGUGCAGCCUGAGGGAACUGCCAGCAUCUCGCUCACACGCAGAGACUCCCCAAAGCCUGCGUCCACAUGACAGGUGGCAGGGAUCCCCAGAGGCUGAGCAGGCCUGGCUAUGGCCUCAUCUCCAGUCCGUCCAGCCCAGGGCCACAGCAAGCGCCUCCCAGAGAGACCUACUUGAGUGAGAAGAUCCCCAUUCUGGACACGGAAUCGGGCACGUUCAGCCUGCGGAAACUAUGGGCCUUCACCGGGCCUGGCUUUCUCAUGAGCAUCGCUUUCCUGGACCCAGGAAACAUCGAGUCAGACCUUCAGGCUGGCGCUGCAGCUGAGUUCAAACUGCUCUGGGUGCUGCUCUGGGCCACAGUGAUGGGCUUGCUGUGCCAGCGACUGGCCGCGCGCCUGGGUGUGGUAACAGGCAAGGAUCUGGGAGAGGUCUGCUGUCUCUACUACCCUAAGGUGCCCCGCACUCUCCUCUGGCUGACAAUUGAGCUGGCCAUCAUUGGCUCGGACAUGCAGGAGGUCAUCGGCACAGCUAUUGCCUUCAAUCUGCUUUCAGCCGGACGAAUCCCACUCUGGGGUGGCGUCCUCAUCACCAUAGUGGACACCUUUUUCUUCCUCUUCCUCGAUAACUACGGGUUGCGGAAGUUGGAGGCCUUUUUCGGAUUCCUUAUUACCAUUAUGGCCUUGACCUUCGGCUAUGAGUAUGUGGUGGCGCGUCCUGCCCAGGGAGCGCUUCUCCGGGGCCUGUUCCUGCCCUCGUGCCCAGGCUGCGGCCAGCCAGAGCUGCUGCAGGCCGUGGGCAUCGUUGGCGCCAUCAUCAUGCCCCACAACAUCUACCUGCACUCGGCCCUGGUCAAGUCUCGAGAGAUAGACCGGGCCCGCCGAGUAAACAUCCGAGAAGCCAACAUGUACUUCCUGAUUGAGGCCACUAUCGCCCUGUUUAUCUCCUUCAUUAUCAACCUCUUUGUCAUGGCUGUCUUUGGGCAGGCCUUCUACCAGCAAACCAACCAGGCUGCGUUCAACAUCUGUGCCAACAGCAGCCUCCACGACUACGCCAAGAUCUUCCCCAAGAACAACCAGACGGUGGCGGUGGACAUUUACCAGGGAGGCGUGAUCCUGGGCUGCCUCUUCGGCCCCGCGGCCCUCUACAUCUGGGCCGUGGGUCUCCUGGCGGCCGGGCAGAGCUCCACCAUGACGGGCACCUACGCGGGACAGUUCGUGAUGGAGGGCUUUCUGAGGCUGCGGUGGUCACGCUUUGCCCGAGUCCUGCUCACCCGCUCCUGUGCCAUCCUGCCCACCGUGCUCGUGGCGGUCUUCCGGGACCUCAGGGACUUGUCAGGCCUCAACGACCUGCUCAACGUGCUGCAGAGCCUGCUGCUUCCAUUUGCUGUGCUGCCCAUCCUCACGUUCACCAGCAUGCCCGUCCUCAUGCAGGAGUUUGCCAACGGCCGGUGAGUCCUCCCCUUCCCA